AUGACACCCCAUUUGCUAGAAGCUGGUAAGCGUUCACACAAUUCACUGGUGGAUGUCAAAAACGUUCUGGAGUUGCUGGAUUUGAGCGACAACUGCUUAAGCAAUGAACUGCGGUUAAACAACAACCAAAUAAAUAACAUAGCACCAAUGGCAUUUAUGAACGUACCUCUGCUGGAGCACCUUUACUUACGAAGCAAUCGAAUUUCAUCAAUUGAAACUGGUCCACUUUUCCAAGUCUUCAAAAGGCUGGAGGUGUUGGAUCUCUCUGACAAUAGCUUCACAAAGAUACCGUCCUUCAAGGAACUAUCAAAUCUUCGACAAAUACGUCUGGACCACAACAACAUCACGCAAAUUGAAACGCUCGCAUUCAGUUCUAAUUCCAAACUUCAAUUCAUCAGCCUGGAGGAUAACCAAAUAAGUUCCAUCUCAAGAAAUAGCUUUGAUUCAUUGGAUGAACUUGUUGCCCUCAAUCUCGCCAAUAACUCCAUCAAAACAAUCGAGCGUGGUAUGCUGGAUGGUAUGCGGCAACUUCAACAGCUUAAUCUCCGGAAUAAUUCGUUAAGCGUUCUCGAAAAGCUCACAUUUACAUCGGUUCCACAGAUCACAACGUUGGAUUUGGCCCAUAACGCACUUUAUAAAAUCGAGAAGGAUGUCUUUAAACCGCUCAAAAACCUAUUCUGGUUGGACCUAUCAUCGAAUCGCAUCGAAACAUUGGAAAAUAACACGUUUAAGGAUAAAAUUGCUAACAUCUUGCUAAACGAUAAUCCGCUUUGCUGUGACGAGAAGCUGAACUGGCUGGUUACGUACCUGGUUGCAAAUCAAGUCCGUACAUUCUUACCGUACCAGACGGAAGUACUGUGCGCCGGACCAGAGAAGUAUAAGGGUGUUCGACUCAAGGAACUAAUGAUUGUUGAGGCAAAUGAAACGAUAAGCACGGGAGAACACAAUUCUGUUGAUAACGACAGAAACGGUGAUAUCGGUAAAUUCGAACAUGCUUCUUUUUUGCAAAAACUAUAUAAGCUCGGUUACGGAAGUAAUCAAAAUGAAAUUCACCAUGGAGGAAAUUGA